GUAAACACCCACAACAAAUAUCUGAUAACACUAGUAUUGAUUUGCAUACGAUUAUUACAUCACAAGACUGUGACAGUUCAUCCAUACAUAGAAAAUGACUGGUAAAAUGGGUUCUACGAUGGCAACUGGUCCAGCAGUUGCAUGCAUGAAAACCUUGUUAAUGGUUUUCAACUUCUUAUUUUGGGUUACUGGUAUAGCCAUUCUAGCUUUAGGAAUAUGGACCAAAGUAGAUUUGUAUAAAUAUAUGGAACUAUCCUCUAUAUACUACAAAGAAUCUCCAUACAUUCUGAUAGGAGUUGGUGUGGCCAUUGUGGUUGUAGGAUCCUUGGGCUGUUGCUGCACAAUUAAAGGAAAUACCAUACUCUUAUAUACGUAUGCUGCAUUCCUUAUUGUUAUAUUUGUUGUAAUGCUUUCCACAGGAGCAGCAGGAUUUGCCUACAAAGGAAAGCUGGAAAAAGGAUUUAGAGAUGGACUAAAGAAUGCAUUGAACCAGUAUGGCAAUGAUACAGAAAUCUCUACAGGAAUGGAUGAUCUCCAGCAAAAGUUAAAGUGUUGUGGGAGUAUGGAUUACACAGACUGGUUUACCACAAGUUUUGCAGGUGGAGAAAAAAAAGUACCAACUUCCUGCUGUAAAGAUGGAAAAAGUACCUGCCAACAUACAAACUUACCUGAUAAUCCACCAACUAAUGCAACUAUGGAAAUCUACACACAGGGAUGCUAUGGUACUGUGUUGGACUUUAUGCAAGGAAACAUGGGUGUGAUUGGUGGUGUGGCUCUAGGAAUAUCAUUCUUGCAGUUAUUUGGUGCUUUGUUUGCCUGUUGUCUGGCUAAGAAUAUAAACAAAUCUAAGUAUGAGCAAGUGGCCUGAGGCAGAUAUAACUUUUUAUUCCUGUACUGUAUUGUUACCUUGUGUGCAGAUCUGUUGUCUGUUAUACUAUCUAGAGAUUUAAACUUGUUACUCACAUACUCUUUUACUGAAGUUUUAUUGAAUAAUGUAUGUUACUUAAAAUAUGUUAAAAGAAGAAAUUGUACCGCAUUUGUAAAUAUAAAAAAAAUAACUUAAAAAUUUGAAUCAAAAGUAACAAUGUUAUCAAAGGAUACAUUUCUUGUCAUCUAUAAGCAUGUGAUAAUUCUAAUAAAUUUAAAAAACCAAAAUUGAAAAUCUGAAAUCAAUGUUUAAAAUUGAAAAAUCUUUAUUAUUAUGUUUUGGGCAUUGAAUAAUUUUGAUGCUUCCUUUGUUUCAACUCAAUUCAAAGUUUAGAAGUCGAAAUUACGUUCUUUCUUAAAGACCUGAUCUAUGUGUAGUGCAGAAUUCUGUAUUUCAUUAUUUCACUAUUUGUAAAUCAUAAGACACAGUCAUGAAGUAUUGUUAAAGGAUAAAUUUUAGACAAUUUACUCAAAUAAGGACUGUACUUUGGUGGUAGACUUAUCACAUGCUGUGAAGAAUCAUCAGGCAUAUCAUAUUUAUUAAUGUCAUUGCAUCAGCAGAACUAUAGAAUGAAAAGGUUAUUUUUAGACUUGUUUGAAUUUUAACCAAUUUAGAAUUGAGAACUAAAGAAGGAAUAGAGUAUAAAUCUGCUAAGAAAUAGAGAAAUUUUAAUAUUUAUGCAUUGUCAGUAUAAGAAAAAAAUAUACUUAUGAAAGUAUUGAAUUUGAAAUUUAUUCCAAUUUAAAAGUCUGUGAUUUUUUAUUAGAGAUACUAAUUUGUCAGAAUUUAAAAAUAUGUUAAUUUUUUCUUUGAUAGUUUAUAGAGUUGAAAUAAUAAUGUUAUUUGUUAAAGCUUUACCAAUUCUACUCAAUCAUUGUUGUAAAUGUAUGUAUUUAGCAUAAUUUUAAUGCAAUUGUUAAUUAUAUUUUAUGCUAUUAUUGUUUAUACUUUGUAUUGUUUUGUAAUUUUUUUUUUACAAAGCUUAAAAAAUUGUUAGAAGUAUUGGGAAUUUAAUCAAAUUAAUUUUUUUUAUUGAUAUUUAAUUUCAUUGAAAUAUGUUUUUAUGUUGAUUUAAAAAAAUCUUGCUAUGUUUAAAUUCAAUUUUUUGAUAAUGAAAUGAAAUAAAAUUAAGAGACUGGUUUACAUUUAAUACUCACUCAUUUUAGUAUUUGAAAGAUAAUUUGUAAAGAUAGAAAAUGUAUUGGAUUAUUAUCAAAAUCAUUUUAAAAUUAUUUAAAAUUAUUUUAAGUCAUUUAUAAUUUAUACUUAUGAUAUGUAACCCUGAAGUGAGAAACAGUUUGCACACUUUCAUGUAGUCUGUGUCAUCUCUGCAACAAUAAAAAUCAUUUACAAAAGUUUUAAGCAUUUUGUUUUGUCAUUGUAAAGAAUUGCUCCUAUAUUAUUUUCAUGUAUUUUUUGCAUGAUUUGAUUAAAUUUUGUGAAUACAAUUUUGUGAUUAAAUCCAUGCCUUACUUGACUUACACUAGUAAUCAAAACCACUGAGUUUAUUUUGACAAACCACCAAAACUGUGAAAUAAGCAGUUAUAAUACCAAAUCAAAGUUCAUUGUCACAAAAUUAAAAAAAAUACCUCAUUUUUACUUUAUGCUAGACUGUGAUGCAAACAUUCCUGGAUACCAGUAGUAAAAUUUGAUUAAAGAACUUUACAGAUUCAGAAAUGAUAAUAUUAUGUUAUUUAUUGUAAUAGGUUUCAAUAAGAUACAUAUAGCAGGAAUCAUUUUCAAUUGAAUCCUUAACCUUCAGUUUAAAUAUGGUCAGUAGAUUUGUGACUAAACCAUAUGUUUUUUUUAAAUGAAAUAAUUUUGUUAGAACUGUGUGUUAAAUUUUGGCAUUGCUCGUGUUAUAAAGUUUUAUAUAUACUUUUUUUUAUACUAAUAAUUAAAUAUUUAUUUUAAUCUCUUAUCAUCUACUGUAAUCCAACCUACUGUUGUGCAUGUUAAACAAAAUUGCCCUGAAUAUAUCAAGUAUGAAUUUUGGCUAGAAAGGGGCAUAACAGGCAUUAAGGUUUCAGAAAAGGAACAAAAAAUGGUACAAUUGUUUCAUAGUUGGGAAACCUAGAUUUAUUAACCAAUCAAGCUACCAAUGAGACAAGUAUUCAUCCAAGUCACAAUUUAUAAAAGUAAACCAUUAUUGGUCAAGUACAGUCUUCUACACCUAGCUUAGUCUUACACCGAAUAGCAUGCUAUACAGGGCCCUAAAAAACCUAGAUAUUUUGUGUGUCAAAAUAUAUUGAUGCUUUCAUAUGCUUUCCCUUAUAUGUUUAUUUUAGUGUUAUAGAUAUUUAUUUGUUUUAUUUUGUUUGCAGUAGAUUAAGGUUAUGGCAUUAUAAUAUAAAAUAUAUUGAUGGAAUUUAUAUUAACAUUUAUUUGUAUAAUUGUUAUAGAAAUGUUAGAAUUAUUUUGUUUAGUGGAAGAUUUCAUUUCAAGUAUAAUUGAUAAAAUUAUUUAAUCCAUUUAUUAACAUUAAUUAUAUAAUUGUCUGAUAUAUAUAUUUUAUAUUGAGUUCAGUUUUGAUUUUAUCUGUCGAAACACUUCAGCAUAAGGCAUUAAGUGAAUCUGAUUGUUUUAAAAUGUCUGUUAAAGGGCAUAUUAAAAUUAAAGUAAUCUUUGUAUUUGUACUAAAAUUAUGAACAUAAUAAGAAAUAUACAAUUCCCAAUAUUGUCUUCCCUUACUAAUAUACUACAAUGUUAAACUUUUAGUUCCCUAUGUAAAGUGAUAGCUAUCUGUUUAUCCUUAAGUGCUCACAAGUAUUUGAUUUCCAAAAAUCUUUAGUAUUGUUUAUAUUUAUGUUGUAAAGUCCAGUGCUUUCUGUGAUUCAAUUCCAUAGAUACUGCAGUAAAUUUCAUUACUUAUUUUUCUUCUAUUCAUUAAAGAAAUAUUUCAUGUGAUAUUUUGUCUCAACUAAGUAUACAAAUAUUUUAGUUUUAGAGCAUAUCAUACAUUUUUAUUGAAACAGCAUAGUUUUAGUUGUUAAUAUUUUGCCUUUAAAAAGUCUGUGAAAUAAAUAAGGCAAUGGUUGAUAUCAGAAUAUCUAGUAGCUAUUUAGUUUGAGAUCAUACUGGAUGCACAUAAUAUAUUGUAGGUUUCAUUUAGUAAAAAUAAAAUUUGGAAAUUUGGAACAAAUUCAAAUAGGUUAUGUAACCAGGGAUCUAUGUAUGCAAUUAAUCUAAAUUAUUAAAAGAUAUAUCAACAUUUGAAUGAAAUAUUACUACAUAAAAGACAGACACACUAAUAAUACUUUGUCUUCAGUUUAAAACUAUUUUGUGUGUCAUACAUGAUGUUUUCUACACCUUUUACUCAUUGUGCAAUAUUUUGUAUACUUUUUUGUCCCUUAUAAGAAUUUCAAAUUUCUUACUUACAUGUUAUUAUUGUUGUCAAUUGUAUUAGAUAUUUGGAUUAAGUUGAAACUUUAUUAUUAAUAAUUGUUUAAUGUAUAUUUGCAAUAUAAUAUAGGUUAUUUCAUGCUUA